CUCACCUCUUAAUUCCUCUCGUUAAUUCCAUGCAAAUUAAAUCCCCAUAAUUAGACAGAAAAAAAAACCCUACGCAUAUAUAUAAUACCCUCUUUAGCAAGCUACCUUUGUUCUUCACCAUAAACUACAGAGCUCACAAGCUAAAAGUACGACUCCGAUCUCUAUCUCCGACGGUUCUUCUACAAAGACAAGAAAAAUGGCUCGUUUGGUUACGAUAAUCUCUCUCAUUAUUCUCCUGUCAGCACUCGCCGUCUCCGAAGCAAAGAAGUUCAUCGUCGGAGGCAAAGAGAGCAAGACUUUUUGGAGGGUUCCCGCCGGCGGCGAGAAUCAGAACAACCUCAAUUACUGGGCCGAGAAGAACAGGUUUCGAUCCGGCGAUGUUCUUGUAUGGAAGUCCGUCGCUAAAAGUGAUUCGGUGCUGGAAGUGAGCAAGAAAGAUUACGAGAGCUGCAACACGACGGAUCCCAUCAAGGAGCUGAAGGCAUGUGACGGGAAGUUCACUUUGGACCGGUCCGGCCCGUUUUACUUCAUCAGCGGAAUCGAACGUCACUGCAAGAAAGGGCAGAAGCUGGAGGUGGUCGUUCUCGCCGAUCAUCAUGGCCGGCGGGCAUUAUCCCCGGCGCCGGCGCCGGAGAAGUCGGAUGGAUCGAAGGUUGGGGCUUUGGGGACGGUGUCUUUGGCGACGGGAGUUGGAUUGGUCACCGCUUUGUUUCUUUUAGUUUAGUGGUUAAUUAAUAGAUGAGUUUAACUUUUAAUCUCUCUUGUCUUUUGUUUUUCUUAAUUCGCUAAAUGUGGACUCUUUUGCUUGUUUGGAUUCGUCUUGUGUUUUUGAUUAGUAGAAGGUAGAUGGAUGGCUGGUUCUUGUUUUCAUAGUGUAUCAAUUUUUAUAGUGAGUUUUAAGAGAAGCAUCUUCGACAAACUAUUCGAACUUUUAUUGAUUUAUUGGUGAUGAACAUCAUUUCCCCCUCUUAUAAUGAUGAGUUAUGGAAAAAAUUGAACUGGAAAGCAUGCUGUGCUGACCCACACAUACCUUACCAGCGGUUGAUACUAAAAUAAGACUGCUAACAUUCU